CUUCCUCUCGUCUCUAUCCGCUCUCUCCUCUCUGGAACUUUCUUGCUUGAGCUGUGAAAUUUGGGGAGAAACCCCCACAAAUAAGAAAAGAGAAUAGUUCUUCUUCGUCGUCGUCUUCUAUAAUUAUUCUUCGUCUGAUUGGGAAAUUCUCAGAUCUUGGCGAACAUGGGGAAUGCGGACUGGCUGGCCGAGGAUUUGAUCGAGUCGGAUCUCAAGGAACUCGGGAUCGCCGCGAAGAAGCUCGCCAACCAUGCCUUCAAGCUUGGCAGCGGCCUGGGCUUCGGCACCACCUUCCUCAAAUUCCUGGCCUCCAUAGCAGCAAUAUAUCUGUUGAUAUUAGACCGGACAAACUGGAGGACAAACAUGUUGACUGCACUUUUAGUUCCUUAUAUUUUCCUGAGCUUGCCGUCUGUGCUGUUUUCUUUAUUGAGAGGGGAAGUUGGUAAAUGGAUUGCAUUUAUUGCUGUUGUGCUGCGGCUCUUCUUUCCUCGGCACUUCCCAGACUGGUUGGAGAUGCCUGGAUCAUUGAUCCUUCUUCUCGUGGUUGCCCCGAGCCUCUUUGCCUCCACAAUCAGGAACAGUCUGAUUGGCGUUUUCAUAUGCUUAGCUAUUGGCUGCUACCUGCUUCAGGAGCACAUCCGUGCAUCGGGUGGCUUUAGAAAUUCAUUCACAAAGAGACAUGGCAUAUCAAAUACCGUAGGUAUCAUUCUUUUGUUGGUCUACCCCAUCUGGUCCUUGGUGCUUUAUUUUCUGUAGUAUCUUUGCAUUCCAGCUCUGGAUAUGCUGUCUUGUUUGCCAUCAACAGAAUAUUAAGUACACCGGAUUAGUGUGUAUUCGUUUGUUCAUAGAACUAAGAAAUCUGUUAGUGACUGGUGAUUUUGAGAUUGUGGGGUUUCUGUCAGAUGUUUUGUAAUGAACCAUCUUGAGUAUAGAAUAUUUAAUGUUGUUCAGAACCAUGCAUUUUGAGUAUA